AUGAUGACAGCCUUAGUCUUUUCUCUAGCACAGUUCGUUCACAUCGCACAACAUUUUGGUGACCGUCAACAUCCUCUCCGACUGGAAAUGAUCCGUGGAAUCGUCCUCGUUGCUUACUUGUUCACCCAAUUUUUGCUUGCUUCUGCAUUCAAAUAUGAGGAUAUUCCGGAAGACUAUAGAGAACUCAUCCCCCAGGAAGCAAAAGAUUUUAUGAUGAACCUUUCUGAUGCCGAUAAGACUACAUUGAAGGAAGUCUUCAAGGGUGGACCGUACAAGAACGAAGAAGAGGCUAUUGCUGAGCUCAAAAAGAAGUCAACAGAACUUGGUGAGAGGGCGGAAAAGUUUCACGCUGCGAUAAAAGCUAAAGUUACAGCUCUAGGACCUGAGGCGAAAACCUUCGCAGAAAAGUCUAUCGAUAUUGGACGUAAACUUCGAGCACGGUACUAUACUGACAAUAAGCCAACAGGGGAGGAAUUGAAGGAAAAAACCGCUGAAGUUUUGAAAAUGUACAAAUCUUUAUCCGAGGAUGGUAAGGCCGAUUUCCAGAAGCAGUUCCCAAUUCUCACCAAAGUGUUCACAAGUGAGAAAUUAGCAAAAUUCGUUGGUGUCGAAAACUAG